AUUUUAAGUAAGUGGAUUCAAGACAUAUUUACAAUAAUUUGCAAUUUUUAUUGUUUAAAUCAAGGCUGAAAUAUGUAUCAACUCAUUUUUUUAGUUUUAUGUAUACACUCACUUCUAAUACAAGUACAAAGUGGUGGAAUAAUAUCAUCUCCUAAUCUAAUAAUUCCUAUUGCUAGAGCUGGUGGCGAUGUUAUAAUGAGUUGCGAAUACGAAUUGUCUGGUGGCGAAAAUUCACUAUAUUCAGUAAAAUGGUACAGAGGACAACAUGAGUUCUACAGGUAUACGCCUUGGCAAUGGCCAAAAGGCAGAUGGUUUCGAGUGCCUGGAAUUCAAGUGGAGUUGUCUUUGUCCGAUGCUCACCAAGUGGCUUUAUUAAGGGUACCGGAAUUUCUUAGCGGCAACAUUACCUGCGAAGUUUCGAUAGAGGAGAAAUAUACAACCGAAAUAGCAACAGGAUAUCUUUUCGUUCUUGCGCCUAAAACGACCAUUGACAUGCCGCUGGACAGACCACAGAAUGGUGAAUCCCCUGCUUCAUUGAAGAGUUCUGCUGGAUAUACCAAUCACGAAAACUUUAUAGUUUCAAAUCAUGAUAAAAUUAUUAAUCGAGGACAUCAAAUCUCCAAUAAUUUCCAAGUCAUGGAUCCGGCUCGAAUGAUCAAUGUUAAAGAUGGGGGUUGCAUGGUUAGACCCUUUCGGAAUAGCUUAUUGAAUUUGACUCAAUAG